AUGGAGGCGAUGUCGGGGGCAAAGAAGGAAUUUCAGCAGUGGGACUUAUUCCAUCUGAUGGAGGAGAUGCCUGAGGAAGGGCAUUUUCAUGGGCAUUUCCGGAAUUAUGAAGUUCUGAAGUCAGAUGAAGAUGACAUCGAUGUUCAAGAACAUCGUAGUGAUAUGGAAGUAGUAAAAUCAAAAGCACUUGAGGAGAAGGGACUUCCUGACAUGGAUGCAAAGGGUCUUGAUGGUGCUGCUGGUAACUUGGAUUUUCUUCGUAAUAGACCACAGUUUCAAGCACUUCGAGCCAUGGUGCAGGCUAAUCCCCAAAUCUUGCAGGUAUUUCAUAAAUACAAAUCAUAA